ACUCUUAUAAGUUUUUUCUACACGGCGUCUUCUGAAGUCACAAACAUCCCAGAGUUUGUGUCUGUUGGGAUGGUUGAUGAUUUUCAGGUAGAUUACUACGACAGUAAGAUGAGGAGGGACGUACCCAAACAGGACUGGAUGAAGAAAGUCACAGAAGACGAAGCUGACUACUGGGAGUGGGAGACUGAGAUCUCUGUGGGUAAACAGCAGCUCUUCAAAGCCAGCCUUGACACUUUAAAGCGGCGCUUCAACCAAACUGGAGGUGUUCACAUUUACCAGAGGAUGUACGGCUGUGAGUGGGAUGAUGAGACUGGAGAUGUUAAUGGUUUUGAUCAGUUUGGUUAUGAUGGAGAAGACUUCAUAGCUCUGGACACGAAGACAUGGACGUGGGUCGCUCCACAACAACAGGCUGUCGUCACCAAAGAGAAGUGGAAUAAAGACAAAGCUGAUUUAGAGUAUCUUAAGAACUACUUCAACAAGGAGUGCGUUGACUGGCUGAAGAAGUUUGUGAACUAUGGGAGGAGCUCUCUGAUGAGAACAGACCUCCCCACAGUGUCUCUCCUCCAGAAGACUCCCUCCUCUCGGGUCACCUGCCACGCUACAGGUUUCUACCCCAACAGAGCCAUGAUGUUCUGGAGGAAAGAUGGAGAGGAGCUUCACGAGGACGUGGACAAGGGAGAGAUCCUCCCCAACCACGACGGCUCCUUCCAGAUCAGCGCUGACCUUCAACUGCCCUCUGAUGACUGGGGGAAGUACGACUGUGUGUUUCAGCUCUCUGGUGUGAAGGAGGACAUCGUCACCAAACUGGACAAACGAGAGAUCAAGACCAACUACGUGAAUCCCAUCUACAUGAUCUUUGUCAUCAUCGCUGUUGUUCUCCUUGUAACCAUCGUCUGUGCGGCUGGAUUCUGCCUGUAUAAGAAGAGAAAUGCCAAACGCCCUCCAUUCCCGGUAAACGACCCGGCUGUGCAACAAAUGAUGCUUCCAAAUCAAAAUGCCUAAAAGACAAAGAGAGGACCCUGAACCCAGUUUACGGGUACGUUCUGCACUGAAACAAGGAGCAGACCGACACGCUCUCCUCAGAAUUCAUUGGCUCUCAUCGUAUCAGACAUGAAGUGAUCAGAGUUGGGAAUUUAAAUUUAAAUCUUUGAAAUACAAAGAAAACAAGUUUGAAAAAGAGAUGACAAAUGCUUUACAAAUCUUCUUUAGGGUUGUUUGGUGACGUUAGUUUCAAAUAUAAAAAGCUUUUCCGCUGAUAAAAGACGCUUAAAUAAAUUUAAAUGAAAUCUUGAUGAUUUAUUUUUCAUCACCUGGAGAGAAGAGAAUCAGAAGAUGAAUCUAUGACGGCAUCACGCCGCUCUUCAUGUGUUGAAAGAUUUGUGUGUUGAUCUAAAAUCCAUCAUAGUUGGAUUUUUAUACUUCUGGUGUUCGGAGCUUUGUGCUAAAACAAAUGUUGGUGAUAAAUAUGUUAAUAAAGACACACACACACACACACACACACACACACACACACACACACACACACACCUCAGAUAAACCUCCCAGUAACUGAUCCAUACUCAUAGUGUCCGACAUCAUGAUGAUGUGUGGCUGUAAAAUACAGAAACAUCAACCAGAGGAUGUUUUAUUGAAGAUUGUGAGAAAGCCCUGCUGUUGGUCUCUUGUUGUGUUCGACCACUCGGAGAAAAGAAACACAAUUGAGCGUUGAGAAUUUGGCCCCCUGAGCGUCUUUAAGUGUCGAUGAAGAUGUUUUUCUUUUUAUUAUCUAAUGAUGAACUGAGCUCCAGUUUUCUCAUGAUUUAUUUGAUACAGGUUUUUGUCAAAGUACUCCAUCUUUAAAGUAUAACUAAAUCCAACAUGUAGAAAACAUAGCAGUAACAUACACCAUGAUAUGUUGUAUCAGUGAUGCCAGGCCCUUUGCACACACACACACACACACACACACACACACACACACACACACACA